CUUGGGGUGCUGUCCAAUUGGGGGCAGACUGGAGGAAGCACAGCCACACUCUCUCUCUUACUGUUGCUACGGAUCCGUACAUGCCUUUGCCAAGCUCAGUCUUAAGACUGACUACUGUAGCUUGCGUUUAUUUUUGGAAAAGCCAUGUUGCAAACAUUGGUCACUCGAGAUGCUAGCUGAACGACAGUUGACCACCGACAAUUGCCCGAUUUCAAUCUGCCCGUCAUGUUGUGUUCGUUUACUUGUGUCUUAGCUACCUACAUCAUGCUACAUCUGUAUAUACAGCUGCUCCCCGGCGAUUCUUCAUUUAGAAUUUUGCCCAAAUUACUUAACAUAACCCUCAAUAACCCGUCUGUUGAACGAUUGUUGGCAAAGCCAGCCGACCAAUACCAGAUGUCGCCAGCGACACCAUACCAGUUGGCAACGACCUCUCGCCAUUGGGACAGGAAACGGGACAGGAAGGAGAGCAGGCAUGCUGAUGCAAAAUUCAUUCCUUGUAGUAGCACGUACGAGACCGAUAGGUCAUGCAGUCUUAGCUUUCCCUAGAAAUCAUGCGCUAAUCUAACUAUCCGAUCAUUUCAUUGCCCUGACACCUGUACUCCCCGCCAAAUGAAUCACAAACUUCCCAUAAUGCCCGUCGCCAUGACCAACGUACUAGUUGCAUACUUUGCAUACUUUGCGUAUUGUUGCAUACACACAUACACACACACACACAUAUAUAUAUAUAUAUG